CUUUAAACAGAGCGCCCCUUUUAAACCCUUCCAAGCCUACAGAGCCACAAACAAAAUAUUUUUUUAAUUUAAUAAUUUAAAUGAUUCAGUUAGUUCAAAAUGCAAAAUAACUUCGAAAACGAAUUACGUGGCGUCGAAGACGAUGCUAUUGCUGCCCAACAUCAAAUUGGAAAAUACUUUAAACGAUAUGGCGAGUCCGGCCACCAGGAUGCUUUUAAGCAUCAGCUAAUAUUUGCCAGCCGAAUUAUUAAUAGCAUAGCCAAAUGUGAAGUGAAAUAUCCAAAGAUAUAUUGUGAAAUAAUAACACAGGUAUUUGGUGACAAUCUCAAGCCGGAAUGUAGUGAUAAAUAUUGGUCAGCAUAUGUAAAUAAUUUACGAUAUUUUCACUAUCAUUUAGUGACAAAGAAACAUUUCGAAUAUGCCUCCAAAAUAUAUUACUAUAUCUGUGACCUACCGCCCAGUAAAUUGCAAACCGAAGAUGUUUGCCUUGCAUUUGUUUCCAUGUACUGCAAUCAAAUGUUCCUGCAAAAUGUCCAUCUACAGAAUAAUCGCAAACCCGAUCUGACAGAAUUAAAUCACAUUGUGGAAAAUCUUCAAGUGCUGUUCGAACAAAUGUUGGAUAAAAAUAAGGAGAUCAAUCUGCAAUACAAGGAUGUGCUACACAAAUGCCUGCAGAGUAUAUUUCCAUCCUCAGGAUAUACAAAAAUGCAAAAACUAUUUAGUCAUCUAACUGCAGGGAAGGUGGCACGAAUGUUUGCAUCUUUAUUUAAGCUACACACCCAACAACGUAUGUCGCCGCCACCCCCAAAGGAGGAGAUACAACAGAUGGCUCAUUUCAUCAUCGAAACAUUGAAUAAUUUCAUUGUAUACGAUAUAAUGGAUAAUUUCCAAACACAAUUAUGUGUCCAACUAUUGAAAUAUUGCCACGCAGAUAGUAAUCUACAAUCCGAUAAAGCCAUAGCAGAAUUGUUUGGUCAACUCUAUCAAUAUUUAAAAAUAAUAUGUAUGCAAAAGCCCAUAGAUGGAUUUCAGAGUGCAAUAACAAAAUGUUGUGAGGGCUUCAGGCAACUUUUUGAGUUACAUUCCAAAAAUGCCGUGAAUUAUUUGUGGUUCAAAGAUAUGCUGGUGCUGAUUAGUACCAUCCAUAUACAAAUACAGAAUACAACAGUUUUCUGUUGUUUUUGGAAACAAAUGAAACAUCUAUCAUCCUAUCGGGCAUUGUUAAUGCUUCUGUUGGAAGCCAUGAAGUUGGCACCUUGUAUAUCGAGUGAUAGUAAAUUGAAUACAAUCCGAUGUUGUACGAGUUUCCGUAAGCACAUAAUUUUAACAUUUGCCAAUGCUGCCCUGUCCAUAUUUGUUUUAUAUUGCCAAAAUGUGAAAGAUGAACCAAAGGAGGAAUGUACCAAUGGGUUGGAGGUGUCAGAUGGACAAGAAAACUCAAAGCAACAGGACGUAUAUGUGGAAGAGCUGCAAAAACCUUUACUACUCAUUGUUAGCCAUGCCUUUAAAAUUAUCGACAAAAUGGAAUGCAUUGACAGUAAAUCCCAAGACAUAGCAUUUUUGUUGACCCGUUUCAAACAGGCAGCUGUUAGUGCCAGCAGUGCAAGACAGGCUAAGACUUGCGUGAAAUUAGCUGAACUAUAUCUGAAAAUUAAUAAUAAAUUUGCCGAAACUGAAUGGCCUUUGCUCUUGAGACGUAUUUAUAAAUCUUCGGUGCAAUGUUUUUCCGGAGAUCCCCAACAAAUACGUGAAAUGCAAAUAUGUUAUAUAGCCUCCCUGUUGCAUUUAAAUACAGAAAUUGAUUUCACCCAAAUACGUGGACAAAUCAGCAUGUACUAUAGUGAUUCAUUCAAAGAUGAACAACAGCAGAAAAAUAUACAAAAUGUAUCGAUACCUCCACACGAAAAUUGUUUACUAUACAGCCUAAUGCGUAGCACAAAUCCUUUGCGUCCACACUUGAGAGCAUGCCGUAAGAAACUUCUACAUUGGCUGGAAGUUCAACACACUGUCAAAUACUAUAGAACGAAUAUCAAUUUAAUGCAAUCGCUGAUAUCAUCUAGUCAGUCAUAUUAUGAUUUUGUCAUAACCACACGCUGCACAAAGCUUCUAACAUCUCAGGUGCCGAAAUUUCUAUCAAUACAUAAACAUUUGCGCACCAAAUCCACAAUGAGUCGUUUGGAACAAUUAACAUAUGGUCAUACCUGUACAAAACUCCUGCAGGAAUAUCACAAUCAACGAUCACAGGCAAUGCCUCUGGAAACUAAAGAUUUUGGAGAAACGCAGUUGGAGCAAUUGCUGCUGAACAAGGAAAUGGAAAAGAUGACCAUUUGUAAUGAGUUGCAGUAUGUAAAAUUGGCCUAUGAUGGUUAUUCAGCUUUUCAGGAAUUCUAUGAUAGGUUCGAUACCGAAAAAAUAUCAAGUGAGGAGGCCCUAAUUGAUUGGGAGGCCAUCGUUGAUGAUUUAACAACCCUUGCCCAGUAUCUGCAGUUUGGAAAUUAUAUGGAAUAUGCCUCAAAUGUGUGGUUGCUUCACUACAAAAUCUGCCAACUAUUGUGGAAUAGUUGCUCGUCAUUGAUUAGUCUGACUUUCUUUUGUGAAUUUUCUGUUUUCCAUGAGAAAACCGAAAAUGGUAUCCUUCAAUUGGAAAAGGAAGUACAAUGGCAUUUACCCAAUAUAACACAGGCCUUGGAACAGUUAUCUAGCCUAACACGGCGCAAACAAAACGUGGUAUUUUUGGCCACCCUGCAAAUCGCCUACUACUAUGCCAAUAAUGGCAAAUAUAGUUUUGCCCAAAUGUUGCUGCAAUUUGUUGAGGAAAAACAUGGAGAACUUGGUGAACGUCAGGGUUGUUAUGACAUUGUGCGGGCUACCUUAGAUGUAAUACGUUAUCGUCUCUUGUGGAAACAUUAUUGUCGGCCGGAAAUGCCAAAGAAGGCUGCCAGUCUUCUAUUGAAUCAAUGUCUAAUGGAUGAAAUGGAACGCAUGCUAGAUCGUCUGAGAGAUUUUUCCUUUGUUUCGGGCGAUGCCUUGUACUACAAUAUGUUGAUAACAAAUUUGGCACAGGAUAUGGCUGAAUGCUCUGCUAAUCGUAUGUAUGAGAAUUUUCUUAACUCCCUGUUCGUGGUGGCCUGUAGAUGUGCCGUACAAUAUGGCUAUGCUUUGCGUAUGGCCCAGGUUAUGUGCUCUUGGAUGUGGAUAAAUUUACAAAUGGAAUAUGUUGAUCAGGCCCAGGUAAAAAUGAAAAUAAUCGAAUAUGUUAUGGGCAUCAAGAGUUUAAAAGAAUUAAUUGGUAAUUCAGUUGAGGCCAAGAAGGAUGAGGAAAAAUGCAGCAGCGCUGGGUCACCAGAAAACUACAAUGACAUUCUCUCAUCUUUAAAUCACCACAAUGACAUAGAAGCAGCACGUCGCCUGGCCCAUGUGCAAUUGUCGCCCAUAAAAACGGGCAAAUUAUAUUUACGACCUGACUCCCAGAUAACAACUUUAAAAAGUUAUUUUAAAUUUAAAAUCGACACAAAAACUCUGCCACAAAAUGAGUUCAUGGAUUGGACAUAUUUUGUGAUAGGCUGUUUAAAUGCCCGUCUCUAUUUUCUGGUUGAAGACUAUGUGCAACUGCAACCAUUCUAUGAGAAGGGACGUGAAUGGCUGGAGAUGAGACAAAACCGUUUCAAUAAAAACUUCUUUAAACACAUCCAACUUAUGGCCAUGCAGCAUUAUGUGAAUUUUCUCCGGGCCAAUAAUCAACACGAUAAGGCCAUAGAGUGUCUCCAACAUGGUCUGGAAGUUUGUGAGACAAUAAAAUGGAGCGUAGAUGCAGUGUAUCGGGUAAAUUUUAAACAACAAUUAUUGGCUGCACAUCAUGAAAUGCCUAAGAAUGCAUUGGAAAAUAUGAAGAAUAUGAACAAAUUAAAGAAAAUUAAUAUAUCACCAGAUAAAGUGGUCAGAUGUAGCAAUAAAAAGGCUCCAGGGGUUGUGAAUUCUUCAAAUAGAAAACAAGUAACUGGCAAUACAGGUGCUGCUAUCUCCACCCGCAAGCCAUCUAAUUCUCAAACAAAUAGUAGCAGCAGCUCCAGUCCUGAGUUAAAAAUCAAAGCAAAAACUAAACCGAAAUUCAAUAUUUGUGAAGAUGCCAUUGAAAUUCUAGAUUCAGAUGAUGAUAAUAUGCACAAUAACAUGAAAGACAAAAAGAAAAUCACAAAGGUAACAAAAACAUAUGCGAGGAAAAUACCUUCCUCCUCUGCGGCAAAAGUGACAAAAUCCAAAACAAGUCCAAUGUUAGAUAGCAUAGAAUUGAUAGACCCUCCAGCCAUAUUAUCAACAGCAAUGACAUCAAGCACAGAUGCCUCAUCACUCUCAUCAACAUCAUCGUCUAUGGAAAAUCUACAAGCCAAAGAGAAUCAGCAACCCCAUAAUAAUUUAGAUAUAAUAACAAAAUUAGAGAAUUUAGACUUAAAUGAUAAAACAAAAGAAAAAAGAGGUCGACCACGGUUACGCAGAUCGCCUACGGCCAAGAAAACUUCAAUUGUAAUACUGGAGGAUUCACCACUAAGUCUUAAGCCAAUUACAAAAGCUGUUGUAACCAAAUCGCGUAGUCGUACCCGCAAUCAAAAAAACCUAUUGGAUGCGGCAAUCAAGUCGACAACAAAUGAAACAAAUUUAAAUGUGAGAAGUACCCGGAGGCGACAUGGUGAUGUAAUCUGAUAUAGAUUCUUCACAAUUACUUUAAAUUAAUUAAUCCUUAACUAAUAAAACAGAUUACCAUUAAAUCUUUAACAUAACAUGUUAAGUUAUAUUAUAUUUUUGCCUUAUUCGCUUUUUCUAUGUUUUUAUUUUUGUUUCUCUUUUGUACGUUGUAUUUGUAAUAAUAUUCUAAUAAUAGUUAAUAAAGGUUUCUAUUACUAACUUAUUUAUAAAGGCUAUUCAUUGUAGCUAUCCCUCUAUUCACAAGCUGUCAAUAAAUUCGAUUGAGAUCUAA